AUACUCGUGUUUGCAUUUAUACUUUUGGUUAUCCUGGCCAUCAUUGGAUACACAUGCAGACAAAAAGCCAAAGCGAAAAAGGAAGCGGUGAAAAUGACAAGGGUGCUAACUGGUUGUGAGGACAACGAACCACUCCGACCUACCAAUGUUAAACCAAAUCUGGCAAAAUUGAGGAUCAUAAAAGAAGCUGAGCUUCGAAGAGGGGGUAUGCUUGGUUUCGGUGCAUUCGGAAAAGUUUACAAAGGUGUCUGGGUUCCCGAAGGAGAAAAUGUCAAGAUUCCUGUUGCAAUUAAAGUUUUGAAAGAGGGAAGCGGUGCUAGCACUAGCAAAGAAUUUCUAGAGGAAGCAUAUAUAAUGGCCAGUGUUGAACAUCCGAAUUUACUGCAACUUCUUGCUGUCUGUCUCACUAACCAGAUGAUGCUGAUUACGCAACUCAUGCCUCUCGGAUGUCUGUUGGACUAUGUCAGGACUCAUAAGGAAAAGAUCGGGUCGAAGGCAUUUUUGAACUGGUGUACCCAAAUAGCGCGCGGAAUGGCCUAUUUGGAAGACAAAAGAUUGGUUCACAGAGACUUGGCAGCUCGGAAUGUUCUAGUGCAAACUCCUAACUGUGUGAAGAUAACCGAUUUCGGCUUAGCGAAGCUAUUGGACAUAAACGAGGAUGAAUACAAGGCAGCUGGAGGCAAAAUGCCCAUUAAGUGGCUAGCGUUGGAGUGCGUGCAGCACAGAAUAUUUACACACAAAAGUGAUGUCUGGGCUUUCGGCGUAACAAUUUGGGAGAUAUUGAGCUAUGGUGCGCGGCCGUAUGCUAACAUAUCUGCGAGAAAUGUACCUGAACUAAUUGAGAACGGAUUGAAACUGCCCCAGCCUACUAUUUGUACGUUGGACAUUUACUGCGUAAUGGUUUCAUGUUGGAUGCUCGACGCAGAUAGCCGACCGACAUUCAAGCAGCUCGCCGAAAGAUUUGCUGAAAUGGCUCGUGACCCUGGACGAUACCUGGUCAUCCCCGGUGACAAGUUUAUGCGACUCCCAUCCUAUUCAACUCAGGAUGAAAGGGAAAUGAUAAGGAGUUUGUCUUCAGCCAUGGAUGGCCCCGAGCCAAUAGUAGAAGCGGAUGAAUAUCUCCACCCAAAAGCCGAUAUCACGCCCGGCUCUAUCUCGCCACUCACCUCCGUCUCGCCUGGAUCGCCCGAGAGCAGUGCAAUCAAGCCUAUUGCCUCUCCCUCCUGGGUGAACAACAUCAAUGGCCAACAAGGUGCGAUAGUCGAUAUCUCGAGGCCAAGUUGGGAAACAGAUCUCAUGAAGUACCCGCUCUCUCGCUACACCGUCAGCCCGAACGGCACGGAAAUGCGGCACUACUAUAACAAUGGCGCAUGCGCUUCCGAUUGCUCCAGUAGCUCCCGAUAUUGUAGUGGCCCCAUGAGGGUCCGAGCUGACGUCACGGAGAGCAGGUUCGACAGUAUGUCCAGAAACAAAGAAGCGCAAGUGGGCAACCUGAAACUGAACUUGCCCUUGGACGAGGACGAUUACCUCAUGCCAUCGCCGCAGCAAAACAAGAAUGCGUCGACGUAUAUGGAUUUAAUUGGCGAUGGCGGAGAAGAGCAGGAGGCUAAGGAUGAUGAAGAGUACAGCGGAUUCGUGGACUCGGAGCGAUGUGUGGAUAAUCCGGAGUACCUGAUGUCCGAACAGGGGGUUCCUCCGCAAACGAUCGGGAUACCCACCGAGCCGGUGGCGCUGGAGUCUUUGGAGACUUGCGAGAGCAGCGCCGGGGAUUCGACGCCGCAGCCGGGCCCGAGCAAAUACCAGCCGCAGCGGUCGGUGGAGGAGGAAUCGAUGUCCGACCACGAGUACUACAACGACCUUCAGCGGGAACUCCAACCCCUACGACGCGACGAGACCACGGUGUAAGCGACGAGCGAACUGCUCAGUGGAAGAUCGAUGUCUUAGCGAUCACAGGUUAGGUUAACAACGCGAAUACUGUCUUCGGCAGCGAAGUGGUUUCAGUACGUAGGUGAUCGCUGGCGCGAACAGUGCUCGGAAUGGACGAUGUAAUCUCACAACUUAUGAUUGUUUUACUUAAAAAGUGCCAUUUUAUGCGAUGGCUAGGUUUUAGCUUGUUGACAAACUUUUAAUUAAAAAAAAAUUAUCGUUUUACUAGAAAUCUAUUACACAAUUUUUGUUAUUCACUUAA